AUGACGUCCCCUACACCCACGCCGUCGUCGCCCGGCGAGUCCUCGCUCGCGACGAGCAUCUACGACUCCAAGUCUGAGGACGAGAGCUUUGAGGAGCGUGCCCAGAAAUGGCACUUUGCGACGCAGGUUGUUGCGACCGACUCGUCUCAGAACCAGUACGGCGCCUCGAGCACGCCCAUCUUCCAGACCGCUACGUUCAAGGGCAUGGAGGGCCCGUACGACUACACGCGGUCGGGCAACCCCACCCGUGGUGGGCUCGAGUCCCACCUCGCGCGCAUCUACAGCGCGACCCAGGCGUUCGCCCUCUCCACGGGCAUGACCUGUCUCGACGUUAUCCUGCGUCUUGUCAAGCCCGGAGAGACCGUGCUCGCGGGAGACGACCUGUACGGCGGCACGAACCGUCUCCUGACCUACGCCAAGAGCCAUGGCCAGGUCGAUGUCAGGCACGUUGACACGACCAACGUCGACGCCAUCCGCCCUCACCUCACCAAGGACAACAAGAUCAAGAUGGUCCUCCUUGAGAGCCCGACGAACCCCCUGCUGAAGAUUGCCGACAUUGCCGCUGUCUCCAAGGCCGUCAAGGAGGUUGCGCCCAACGCCAUCAUCGUCGUCGACAACACCAUGAUGUCGCCGUACCUCCAGCGCCCCCUUGAGAUUGGCGCCGAUAUUGUCUACGACUCGGGAACCAAGUACCUCUCUGGCCACCACGACCUGAUGGCCGGUAUCAUUGCGGUCGGCCGCCCCGAGCUCGCGCAGGAGGUCGCCUGGCUCAUCAACGCGAUGGGCACUGGUCUCGCGCCGUUCGACUCGUUCCUGCUCAUGCGCGGCGUCAAGACCCUGGCGCUCCGCAUGGACAAGCAGCAGGCCAACUGCAUCCUGAUUGCAAACUACCUCGACGCCCUCGGAUUCCUCGUCCACUACCCCAACCUGAAGCACCACCCGAAGCGCGACGUGCACUUCCGCCAGAGCUCGGGCUCGGGCGCGGUCCUCUCCUUCGUCACGGGCGACAAGGAGCUGUCCGAGCGCAUCGUCAGCACGACGCGCCUCUGGGGCGUGUCCGUCUCGUUCGGUGCCGUCAACUCGCUUAUUUCCAUGCCCUGCCUCAUGUCCCACGCCUCCAUCUCCCCCGCUGUUCGUGCUGAGCGUGGUCUUCCCGAGAACCUCAUCCGUCUCUGUGUCGGUAUCGAGGACCCCCGCGACCUUCUCGACGACCUCGAGUUCGCCCUCGUCUCUUCCGGUGCCAUCGUCCCAGCCAACGGCGUCGACCUCAUGAGCUCCGACAAGCUCGCCCAGCUCUACAAGAGCGACGCUCCCCAGUGGGCCAUCGAGCGCGCCCGCGCCUUCCGCCGUCCUCAGGAGGAGGGUCUCGUCGAGGGCGUCAACCGCUCCCUCAACCUCGGCAACGACACGAUCGACGGCGACAUUGUCGUCUCCGCCCCCGGCAAGGUUAUUCUCUUCGGCGAGCACGCCGUCGUGCACGGAGUGACCGCCAUUGCGACCAGUCUCAACCUCCGCUGCUACGGCGUCCUCUCGCCGCGCAACGACGGCAAGGUCGCUAUCCAGGCGCCUGACCUCGAGGCCGAGUGCGAGUGGGACAUCAGCCAGCUUCCCUGGGACGCGGUUCCCGCUGGUGCUGGCGGCUCAAAAGCCCCGACCGACCUGGACGAGACGCUUCUGAAGCGCAUCGAGGACAUCGUCGCCGAGGGCCACCCCUCCAGCACUGGCUUCCGCGGCUCCGUCGCCUGGCUGUACAUGUACAUGAUCAUGGCCGGAUCGCGCGAGAAUGCUCUCUCCGUCACGCUCACCGUGUCCGCGAACCUGCCCGUCGGCGCUGGCCUCGGCUCCUCUGCCGCCUUCAGCGCGUGUGUCGGCUCUUCCCUCCUCAUCGCUCACAAGCACGUCUCUGCCACGAGCACCGUGAGCAAGCAGGCGAUCGACCUGAUCGACGCCUGGGCCUUCUUGUCCGAGAAGGUGCUGCACGGCACGCCGUCUGGCAUCGACAACGCCGUCUCCGUUCGCGGCGGCGCCGUCGCCUUCACCCGCACCCCCGCCGGAAACAGGCUGCACGACAUCCGCGGCUUUGACAGCAUCCGUCUCCUGCUCACCAACACGGGCGUGCCGCGGAACACGAAGCAGCUCGUCGCAGGCGUGGCGGCCAAGAAGGCCGCCGAGCCGCACAUUGUCAACCCGGUGCUCGAGGAGAUCCAGGCGAUCAGCGACGAGGCCCAGGCCCUUCUGGACGGCACGACGGUCGUUGAGCGUGCCGAGUUCGUCGGCCGUCUCGAGGAGCUCAUGCGCCAGAAUCACGCCCACCUCCGCACGCUCGGUGUCUCCCACCCCAGUCUCGAGGCCAUUGUCGACACCACCGCCAAGCACGGUCUCACGACCAAGCUGACCGGUGCCGGCGGCGGUGGCUGCGCCGUCACCCUCGUCCCUGACCAGUACGAGGAGAGCGAGCUCGACAAAGUCCUCGCCGAGCUGGCCAAGCUGGGCGCCGAGCCGCACCUCACCUCCCUCGGAGGACCGGGCGUUGGCGUCCUCUCGGGCCAGGAGAGGCGCAAUGCCAGCCACGCCCUCAAGGUCGCAGGCCCCAAGGGUCUGCACGCGUGGUCCGAGGCGCUUGACGGUACUUGGAUCCACUCGUAA